UUUUUUAACCAGUCCCUUCGUCGAUCUAUACACAAAAAUUCAGAAAGUUUCAAUAUUAAUACUUAUCAGUAGAUAACAUUGCUGUUGCCACCCACCAUCAGAUUAAAAAGUCCCAAACGAGGUGCGAGGUCAGUGUCCCCUCGAAGACAAACCACAGAGGGGCGCGUUUAAAAAUAUAAUACCACAGUGAUAAUAGUUCAAGUUCAACUUUUGAAAACGGAAAAAUUAAAGGCUGAAUUUAUUAUUUCACAACACCAGCAUCUACUUAAGUCAGUAUAAACGACUAAGCGAGGCUUGUCGCGUCUCAAACAGGUUGUUGGGUAAAUGUUAUAACUGAAUAAAUAUCCAAUGCAAUUCAAUAGAAGCAAACACAGAUGCUUUAAAGAAUCAGUGUUGUUUUAUCAUAUCUGUACGUGAUGAUAAUAUGACUUAGUAUAAAUUCUUUAAUCAGUUUGUUUGUGACAAAUCGUUUGUGAGAAGUUGAGUAUGUGAAAAUAAUACAAGAGAAAAGAAAAUGAUGCAGAUCAACCGGAAGCUGCUUCCCAUCAAGGCCCAUUACUUCUUUUUUAUGGCAGCAAUGGGCCCAAUCCUUCCGCAGCUUAAUGUCAUCGGUAAAGAAUUGGGAGUAUCUUCCUUUGUGAUGGGAAUAAUAACGGGAAUUCUUCCAGUAGCGUUUCUUCUGGCGAAACCUGUGUUCGGGCUGAUCGUGGAUAUAUUUAGGGACUACAGGAAGUCCAUCUUUAUCGCUUUAAUCGUUGCUACCACAGUUAGUUUUGCGCUUCUAGACUAUGUUCCCCAACAACCUGGACUACAAGUAGUGUUAAAUGGAACCGAUAUGCAAGGUUUUAAAAAAUGUGAUAUUAGUAAAAUUAAUACUGAGGAAAACUGUAGCAAUGUCACCAAACGUCUAAUAUGCACUUCCAAUUGUUACGAAUACCCACAACCAUUUUUGGUAGAAACUUCAAACUCUUCGUCAUUCGAGCAAGAACAAUUGUGCCAAUUGGAAACCAUAACUGUCCUUAUUGAACCGAAUAUUACAAACAGUAGCGACAAUUCCUGUCAUCUGAAGUGCCAUCAAGACUUUGAAAACGGCCACGAUUGUCUCUAUAAACAGCUCACCUUUUGGGUGUACGUUAUUUUCAUGUGUGUUGGGUCUGUCGGAUUCAACGUGGUCAAUUCGAUCAGUGACGCCAUAUGCUUUGAUGUUAUUGGGCAGGAAUAUGAUUACGGAAAGCAAAGAGUAUGGGGUACAAUAGGUUUUGGAACUUCAGCUCUCAUAGCUGGAUAUGCAGUAGAUUAUUUUUCUGGUACUUCAAUAUCUUACACACCAGCUUUAAUUGUGAUGGUUGUUUGUUCCGUGGUCGAUCUUUUGGCCUGCACUAAAUUAAAGUUGCCCAUAAUGGAAGCACCCGAGAACAUUUUCAAGGACCUUAGAGAACUGAUGAAAGACAAAAAAGUCGUCGUUUUUCUAGCUUUCACCGUAUUUGCUGGAAUUGUGGACAGUUUUCACAUUUACUAUUUAUUUUGGUAUCUGGAGGACCUUGCAGAGGCAUCGCAGACAACAAAUAUCAAAUUAUUGGAAGGGAUAAUAGUUGCCGCUGAGACGUUGGGCGGUGAAGUUAUUUUUUUCUCUAUAUCAGGUGUCAUUCUAGAACGCUUUGGACACGUACACUGCUUCAGCAUGUGCUUCAUUAACUACGCUCUACGCUUGGGAUUACUAUCUGUAGCUCCUAGUCCAUGGUGGGUAGUUCCAAUAGAGUUUAUUUUUCAAGGACCGACAUAUGCUCUUACUUAUACAACGAUAGUGGCGUACGCCAACGAAUUAGCACCACCCGGUGCCUCUGCUACCAUGCAAGGAAUAGCUGCUGGAAUGGAUGAUGGAUUUGGUUAUGCUAUCGGUAGUCUUUUGGGAGGAACUUUAUACAAAUACCUCGGAGGAAAACCAACCAUACAAAUUUUUAGUUUUAUCGCUGUCAUCUGCAGUAUUUUACAUUUGGUUUUGCACAAAACCAUUCUUAAAACUGAAGAGUCGGUUGACCAAGUGGAAUAUAAAUCACCAGAGGAUGCAAUCAAAAUAAAGUUAGAGAAAGAAAGUGACUGAGUUAAUUAGUUUUUAAAAUUGUAUAUAUAGUAAUAAAAUAUGUAUUCAAUUGUAAAUAAUAGCAGUAAAUUAUAAAAUAAAUUAAAUUAAGCUUUAUAUGUAUAUGAUGAAUAAGCAAUCGUAUAUGUUUUUUUGAAUAUUAAUAAAUAUAUUUGUUUUUAA